ACACCCUUACCUGAACGAGUUUACAGCUCGUUUGUUAUUAACGUAUUAAUAGUUGCACUGUUUACACACACACACACACAAGUUAAGCGAUACAUUAUUGAUGACUGUUUAGGAAUGUUCAUGCUUCCAUUUAAACGAGCAACCGCCAUAGGCCCGUGCAAAUAACUUGGAUAGGUUUUCAUUGAUUAACUGUUCUAUUCUGAUAAACUUAAAUGAGAAUUGUAAGAUAAAAUAUUGGUACACAGCAGGAAUUUAAAAUGGAUAACCUAAGUGGAUUUCGUUACAUGUCGACUGGAUUUAUUGUGAGUGUAUAUUUAUUAGUAUUUGGUCCACAGCACGUGCAGUGUCAACAGCGUCAACAACACUUGAUUGAGACAAAUCUCGGGAAUAUUUCCGGAACUAUACAGGAAGUGACACUCUAUAACGAAAAUGGGAGUACCUCUGUGGCUGCCUUCGUCGAGUAUCUGGGUGUUCCAUACGCGGAGCCGCCCAUUGGGGAGUUCCGGUUUCGAAAACCUGAACCGAAGAAGCCGUGGUGGGGAGAAACCCACAAUGGAGCCUACUUCCGCCCCUCGUGUUACCACAGCGACCAGGGUACCCAAGGCUGGUUCGAUGUCAUUGACGAAACUAUGUCUGAGGACUGUUUAACAUUGAACAUUUACGCUCCUUACAUCUCCGGCGGUAGUCGGCUAUCUCCGUUACCCGUUAUCGUGUAUAUCCACACCACGCCUGGCCAAUCGAGUGGAUUCGUCGGCGAUGUCCUCUCAACUGAAGGUGACGUCAUAGUUGUUGUCAUCAACUUCCGCCAGGGGCUGCUGGGGUUUCUUAGCCUACAUGGGGACGCGUCCACCGGAAACUACGGACUCUGGGACCAACACAUGGCAAUCAACUGGGUGUCCGAUUAUAUCAGUGAUUUUGGCGGCGAUCCGAGUAAGGUAACCGUCAUCGGCCACUCUGUCGGUGCCUCGCAUGCCAUCCUUCAGGCUAUGUACCCCGGAAAUAAACAAUAUUUCCAGAAAGUGGUGGCUCUCAGUGGAACCCCUAUUCGAACCGAAGGGGGGACAUCGUCUAUUCGUCCGUCGUCUGGGAACGAAUUUAUCGACGCCAUCGGAUGCAUGAAGGACUCCAAUACAGAAAUUUCCCGCUGCCUUCGAGGAAAGUCUAUUAUUGAAAUAGCAAAUACUUUGACCUCAGCCACUUUCACAUUUUCCCCUACAAUAGAUGGGACAUUUAUCAAGGCUGACCCUGGCGAUAUUCUUUCAAAUAUGGAGGAUACUUCUCAGUUUGAAAAUGAACGUCAAACAUUUGCUGGAAAAGAUCUCUUACUUGGAAUUAACAACAUGGAGGGUGGAAUCCAUAUUGCUCUAAUGUGGUCGAGGUUACUAAAUAAAGAUAUAAAUAGUUUUCAAGUGAACAGAACCGAAUUUGAUAAAAUUGUUGUUCCUACGGCAAUGAAGACGAUAUAUGGGGGAAAUGUGUCGGAAUCCAUUCUGAACACCGUGAGUUUUCAAUACAGUGACGUCACUCGUCCAGAAAAUGUGGAUGUUAUCAGACAUAACAUAGUUGAUCUAUCCACAGAUAUUGAUGUAGCAGCGCCAUUGAUUAAAACUGCUUCCAUCCAUUCUGAUUUCAGUCAAGGAAGUACGUAUCUAUUCCAGUUUUCUGAGCCCCUUAAUUACAGCAACCCGUUAAAGCCCUCUUGGCUUGAGGGCGCGAACCGGGCAGACGACAUCUUCUUCUUGUUCGGAUUCAGUGAACGCUCGCUGAGUCGUCUGAAGCACGCGCAGGGAUUCGUGCCGACCAUAGACCAGAGGACGCUUGUUAAGAAGUUCAUUAAAAUAAUAUCCAAUUUUGCAAGAACAGGAAAUCCCUCCGAGGCACCCUACGCAGUAUGGCCAAAGUUUGACGCAAGCACGUUACCUUAUAUGGACAUCUCCCAAAAACAGAUAGUACCACGUGACCAUUUUCGAGAACCUUACAUGACGUUCUGGGCGAAAAUAGUCCCCGGACUACUUUCUUCCACUUCUCGUAAUUCGGAGGCAGACGACAUUUCUGAGACUCAGAUUUGUCCGCGGGAAAUAGGACAGUGGUUUCAAGUGGACAUUCAUACCGCGGAAAAUAUUAUUUUAAGCUUAUCUAUUGGGGCGGCGUGUUUAUUAGUCGCGUUUCUAUGUGUAUGUUCAUUUUCGGUGGCCAGAGAAGGGAAACCUAAUAGUUAUAGUUUGAAAGGCAACGGGAGAGCAUGACAUUAAUUCCCAUAUUUAUAAAAUUCCAUUUUUUUCCUUUGUAAAUAAACAAACAUGGUAACCUUCUGUUUUACACACAGUAUAUAUCGCUGCUUUGUCUGUCAUGUAAAUACCGAAAUAAUUCCAUUUUUUUCAUUUGUUAAUAAACAUACUUGUAGACCUACUCUAUUUAUACAUAGUAUAUAUCUUAUAUAAUUAGUACUCUUUCUAAGUCAUGUUAAACCCGAAAUACAUAAGAAAUGGUUGACAUUAUUACAAUAAAGUUAAAUUAUU